AUCCUAUUUCUCUAUGAAACGCCACCGCUUCUGUCGUCUGCACAAUAACAAUUCAGAAAACCCCCCGGGAGUAGGUAAUCCACGAGCAUAAUCCCAAGCUUGUCAGUUACCCCGGACACCGUAUAAGCCCUCACGGAAAAAGGCACCGGCUCUUUGUGACAGGAUCUCGAAUAGCGGAUUAGAAAUGUGCUGAUUGUCUCGCAGCCAGGGCUAAAGGCGAGAGGCCCCUGGGGAGCUUGACAUUCAGAUGAAGCCGAUAAUAAUGACGAGUGAUUGCUUGUGAUUUUCUUGUGAAACUACAUACGUGCCUCGGAGGCUGGAGGCGACAGGAUGAGAUGGGACUCAGGUACAAUUACCGGGGGCUGAGCCAGUGCAGACGGGCCCCUUCUGUUCAUUCGUGAAGAUAUACUGGGUGCUAUUGUCCUAGCGGAGUUGAGGAGAAGCGCCAGAUGUCAGAUUUGAAGUUUAAACUCCGAGAAGUCUUUUUUUUCCUGCUCCAGUUGGCCUACCAUAUCAAGUUACCGGUCCAAGGACUGUAGGAAGAAAUGAAUAUAAGUGCCCUGAAAGACAGUAAAGAUUUUCCUACCCCUCAUACAACCAUCCCCCAUCCCCCCUCGAGUAUCAACCAAGAUAGUAAAUAGAAAAUGUCAAUCUCACCUGUUCUCGAACACCCUUCUCUUGGAAGCCGCCUCCGCGGGGUUCCCUUGCAUGACGGGCGCGUGGUGCAAUUCCGCGGCAUCAAAUUCGCGGAGUUUCCCAAGAGAUAUGCGAAGUCUACGAUGCUGGAGUCGUAUCCCGCCGAGAUGGAUUGUACCAGUCACGGGCCCAUGUGUCCUCAAUCCGUCUUCGACGACGAAGGCCUCUUCUUCCGCAUCCCGGAGAACCAGCGAAAGCGCGCAGCCGCGGGUCUAACACAAGACGAAUUCGAAUGCCUAAACCUCGUCAUCACCGCGCCCAGUUCAAUCCUAAACUCCCCAGACGCAGAAGAUGUCCUCCCAGUAUACGUCAAUAUCCAUGGCGGCGCGAAUAAGUGGAUCUCCAGCAGUGUCCCGCUCCAGGACAUGACGAACUUCGUCAAGAAGUCCAUGGACAUCGGAAAACCUAUCAUCGCGGUGGGGAUAAAUUACCGUCUCAGCACAUUCGGCUAUGGGGUUCUCCCAAGCGGUCUCGGGGUGCACAAUGGUCUCCUGGACCAACGCUUAGCACUAAAGUGGGUGCAGAAACACAUCCGUGGCUUCCGCGGCGAUCCAAAGAUGAUCACCAUAGGCGGUAACAGCGCCGGUUCGUUCGCUGUAGAAACACACCUUAACGCGGUGCUGGAGUCUGAUGCCAAGGGGUUGUUCAACCGCGCGAUUAUGCAGAGUGGGACGCUGUACGUUUCCAAUCCCAAGUCAGAGUCCUGGGGGAUAAACCUCUCGAAGCAGGUUGCGAGGAACUUGGGUGCGGAUGUGGAGAAGGAGGGUUGGGAGGAGGUACUCAAGACCGCGCCGGCACAGGAUAUUGUCGCGGCCAUUGAGAAGGAUGGGCUUGACUUCUUGCCCUUGACCGAUGAUGAUGCUUUCUUCACGAAAGGAUGGGGAGAGGUCGGUACCGCGGCACCAGAGUGGUGCGAUGCGUUGCUGAUUGGGGACACGGAGUUUGACGGCUCAAUGUUCGCCCCCCGUGUCCGCCUACUACCCCCGGAGGACCUAAUAGCCGCCUUUAGAUCCUUAGGUGCAACCGGUGACUCCCUCCUCGCAGCAUACCAAAUCCCAACAACCACAACUCCCUCAUUCCCAGUCCCUGCCGUAACCAAGCGCAUCCACCACGGAACCCUCCAGUUCCUCUCGGACGUCCUAGUCUCCCUCCCAAGCCACCGCAUCGCCACGACCUGGCGUAGCAAGAACAAGGAAGUUUACGAAUACAACUACGAUCAGCCCAACCCGUGGGGGCCGCAGAAUCGGCGAGCACAUCACGCUGUGGAGAUGCCGUCGCUCUUUGGAAACUACACAUUCCCAGAGGAGGUGCGCGAGGCGACGAGUAAAGUUCAGGCAGCGAUCCAGGAGCACUUCAUCAGCUUUAUUCGAGGAGAUGCGCCGUUUGAAGCGGGGGAGGAGGAGGCGAUGGGGUACGGGCCUGCGGGGAAGGUGGCGGUGGGGCGGAAGAAGGAUAGGAGGAAUGCUAGGGCUUGGGAGGUCCUGGAAGGGUUGAGCAAGGCCGAGCUGGUUAGGGCGUAUGAUAUUGUUGGCGGGCGGAUUGGGUUCCAUGACUUUGCUCACGUUCGGGCUAAACUAUGAGGUUGGGUGAAUUUCUGAGCAAGAAAUGGAGGAUGGCAGGGAGUUGUAUAUGAUGCUAUUUUAUUUUAUUUAUGGUUUAUAGUGGAUGAAAUGCUAUGAUAAUGAUAUUAUAUUUUCUUCAA